AUGGGAACAGGUAAAAAGGAGGUCAACAGGCGUAGUCGCCUAGGAAAAAAUGGAAAUGGCCUCGCAAAUGUCCGUGUCAAGGGUGAGAAUUUCUAUCGCAAUGCGAAGAAAGUCAAGGCCUUGAAUAUGUACAAGGAGGGCAAAGCGCAGAGGAAUUCUGAAGGCAAAAUCACGAAAUCAGCCUCUUUCCAGUCCCGAGAUGUUCCAGACGCUCGAAUCGAGCCUAGCCGAAAGUGGUUCACAAAUACCCGUGUUGUGUCGCAGGACACCCUGAAGGCGUUCCGUGAUGCCAUGGCAGACAAGGCAAACGAUCCAUAUCAGGUCCUUCUCAAAUCAAAUAAGCUUCCUAUGAGCCUUAUCCGAGAUAGCCAAGACACCAAUGGGAUUAAGCAACACAAGGCGAAAGUGGCGGUGGAAACAUCACCUUUUGCAGAGGUGUUUGGGCCCAAGGCGCAACGGAAACGGGUCAAGCUUAAUGUUAGCACCCUGACAGAUCUGGUUGGAGACACUGCGAAGAGCAUGCACACCUACGAAGACCGCUUGGAGAAAGUUAGACUACUCAGCGGAAUGUCGGGCCAGGAUGAAGACGAGCGACAAGUCACGAUGGCAAUUGAGCCUGUUUUCGACAAAGGCCAGAGCAAACGAAUCUGGAACGAGUUGUACAAAGUUAUCGACUCCUCUGAUGUCGUUAUUCACGUACUUGAUGCUCGUGAUCCUGUGGGAACCCGCUGCCACAGCAUCGAGAAAUAUCUCAAGGAAGAGGCCCCACACAAGCAUUUGAUUUUUGUUCUGAAUAAGUGUGAUCUUGUCCCUACCAGCGUCGCCGCUGCUUGGGUUCGGAGUCUAUCUAAGGAAUACCCCACGUUAGCCUUCCAUGCCAGCAUCAAGAACUCAUUUGGCAAAGGAUCUCUAAUUCAAUUAUUGAGACAAUUUUCCUCCCUACACUCAGAUAGGAAACAAAUUUCUGUUGGGUUAAUUGGAGGGCCGAACACCGGCAAGUCCUCCAUUAUCAAUACGCUUUUAAAAAGGAAAGUAUGCGCAGUGGCCCCAAUACCCGGGGAGACGAAGGUUUGGCAAUACGUAAGCCUGAUGAAGAGAAUCUACCUCAUUGAUUGUCCAGGUGUUGUGCCCCCUUCUAGCAACGAUACUCCCACUGACCUCGUUCUACGUGGUGUUGUUCGGGUCGAAAGGGUAGAGCAUCCAGAGCAGUACAUUUCUACUGUGCUGGAUAGGGUCAAGCGCCAUCACAUGGAGAAGACGUAUGAUCUUAAAGGGUGGACCAACGCAGUUGAACUUCUUGAGCUUAUGGCAAGGAAAAGUGGUCGCCUUCUACGAGGUGGAGAGCCUGAUUUAGAUGGCGUUGCCAAAAUGGUGUUGAACGACUUCAUGAGAGGGAAAAUUCCCUGGUUCACAGCUCCCCCGUCAACGGACAAAAAUACCAAUGGCAUCAUUGACCAUAACGGGAAGCUUGGUGAGAUGCCGAAGAAACGAGGCCUAGAGGAGGCUGACAAUGGUUCCAGCUCCGAUUCUGCGGAAACGGCCGCUGAUGAGUCGGACAUUGGGAGGGCCUACGAUGGUGAAGAGGUCUUCGAGGGAUUCGACAACAAAAAGGAUGCUCCAUCAUCUAGGGGCCUAAUCAGUGGUCCGUCUAUUAAAUCGUCUGAUGCCAGCACAUCAACAAACAAGCGACGCAGAAAAACUUGA